UCAUCAAAACUGGAGGGACAAAAGGCAACCUGCACCAGGGAGAAACCGUGGAAAUGUGGGGACUGUGGGAAGGGAUUCAAAGCCCCAUCAGAGCUGGAGAUUCAUCGACGCAGCCACACUGGGGAGAGGCCGUUCACCUGCCCUGAUUGUGGGAAGGGAUUCACUCAGUUAUCCAACCUGCUGACACACCAGAGAGUUCACACUGGGGAGAGGCCGUUCAUCUGCUCUGAUUGUGGGAAGGGAUUCACUCAGUUAUCCAACCUGCUGACACACCAGAGAAUUCACACUGGGGAGAGGCUGUUCACCUGCUCUGAGUGCGGGAAAGGAUUCACUGAUUCAUCCCGUCUUGUAACACACAGACGGAUUCACACUGGGGAGAGACCCUUCACCUGCUCUAAGUGUGAAAAGGGAUUCGGGGAUUCAUCCAGCCUCCGGAGACACCAGCGAGUUCACACUGGGGAGAGGCCAUUCACCUGCUCUGUGUGUGGGAAGGGAUUCACUCGGUCAUCCCACCUGCUGACGCAUCAACGAGUUCACACUGGAUGGAAGAAUGAAGUGGGUAUGUGGACACGGUUUAUGUCCCUACCAAGGAGGAAACAAGAUUUGGACUUGGCAUUGUCACUUCCUAACAAAAGUAAAAUGAGAAGCAAAGUAUUUUGUGAGCUGGAUGCCUGUCAGUUGGAGACUGAUGAAGGUUUGGAUCUCCUAUUCGGGCUCAUUGAAGAGAUUUACAAGAAGGAUGAUCGAUUGGAUGACUAUAAAGCAUAG